GUGUGUCAGCUUCUCGAACAGGGAGCUGGUUCCAGAGGAGAAGAGCUUGGUUCGCUCUGAGAACGAUGUGUUCUGCUGGAAACAUAAGGAACUAUGAGGUCUUUAAGAUAAGAAGGAGCUUUAUCAUUAAGUGCUUUGUAGUUUCAACAUGUUGAGGUUGAGAAGCUCCGCACUCAGAUCAGCUGCUGCACUGAUCUCACCUUCUGCUGCUGCUCAGAGUGAGACCUCGUUGCUCGCUGCUCCCUGUGUGCGUCUCUCCACUGGCCCGCAGCAGGAACGCAAAACCUUCUACGAGUUCCGCACUUACUGUGUCCGCCCGGAUCAGAACGCCGCUUUUCUCAAGCUGACCAAUGAGAAGAUCCACCUGCGCACCGCCCACUCCGAGCUGAUCGGCUACUGGAGUGUGGAGUACGGCGGCUUGAACCAGGUCUUCCACAUCUGGAAGUAUGACAGUUACGCUCAGCGGGCAGCUGUUCGGGCUGCUCUGGCUCGGGACCCGUCCUGGGUCUCAGAGUACCUCGCCAGUAUGCUGCCGAUGCUGAAUUCUCAGGAAAACGAGGUCGUCUACCUGGUUCCGUGGAGCAGCCUGCAUAACCCACCGCAGCAGGGCGGUGUGUACGAGCUGGUUUCCUACCAGAUGCGUCCCGGCGGCCCUGCGGUCUGGGGCGGUGCCUUCCAGGCUGCGCUCACUGCCCACGACGCGCCGGGCUACGCCAAGCUGCUGGGGGCUUUCCACAGUGAGUUCGGCCAACUGAACAGAGUUCAUGCGCUCUGGUGGUUUGAAAACGCGGACCAACGAGCCGAGCAGCGACAAAAGGCUCAUACUGACGCCAGAGUGGUGGCUGCAGUCAGAAACAGUUUUGUUAAUCUCGACUCCCAGAAAAACAAACUGAUGUUUCCAUGUCCAUUCUCUCCAAUGAAGUAACUUCAUGUUUCCAUGGCAGCCCAACAAUUAAAAAAAACGGUGUCCUAACAAUGCUGUAAAAACCCAGAUUUAUCUGUCAAUAAAGUCAAACACAUUUGUC